UCGCUAGGUUUGCCGAACCAAUCACCCUUAGGGGACACUUAAGAGAGAAACAGCAAAAUCCUUCUAAAAAAUUCUUCAAUCUUCUUCUCGAAGCUUCUCCAAUGGCGAUUACAUCUUCUAGAACCACCAGAUCAAACGGAUCUGCUCUCCGAUCCAAAUCACCGUCCGGUCGAUUCUGCGGCGUAUACUCAUCAUCAUCAUCUCCGUCGUCGUCAGGUUUCGCUUCUUCCACAAGCUCAAGUUUCUCGUCGCCGUCUACAGCGUUUUUCAGCAGCCACAAUCAAAACAACCACCACCAUAACCACCAACACAGAUCUGCAUCUCCGACGCGUGUGAAUCUAUUCACAUCAGCUCCGAUGACGCAAUCGUUUCGUUACUCGAUCGAUAACAGAUCUAUAUCACCGAAUCGAUCCAUUGCUGUUUCUUCCAAUAAACCUAGUAAUCAUCAUAAGAUUCCAGAUUCGAGAAGGAGAUGUAUGUGUUCUCCGACGACGCAUCCUGGUUCUUUCCGAUGUAGUCUACACAAGAACGUCGCGAAUCCACACGGUCAAGGUACAGGAACGUAUCCGACGAAUAGUUUGAAUAUGCGUAGAUCUGCGAUGACGAAUUCGCUUGUGAGAAUCGGUGGUGUUGAAGGUGAAUGGGUGAGAAGAGCUUUGACUACGUUGAUUAGACCAUCGUCACAUCAACUCAAGAGAAGAUCUGCUUAUGAGCCUCGUCGUAGCAGACUCGCGUCUAUGUCGAAAGCAGAAGAUCUUUGAAUCUUUCAGGUUUGUUCUUGUUUUUGAAAUCGGCCACAGGAAAAAAAAAAUACUCAGAUCUGCCAUGGAAGGAGUGAAAUUCGGAGCUGAGUCAUACCGGACCGAGUGAAAUUCGGAGCUGAGUUAAACCGGACCGAGUUAUGUAAACGGUGACCAAGACGACACCGUUUUUGUUUUGUUGGGUGGGAGAUGAGAUGAUGAUGAUGAUGAUGCAUUGUACAUACACAUAUUUGCUUAUUGAAGCAGAGAAAAAUAUUUCGCAAGUCGAAAGUAUCUAGAAAUCUAAAAUUGGAAAACAGUAGUGACAAAUUGGGUAAUUAAAAUCUGGAAAAGGACUUAGUAGUAAAUUUUUUUGGAUCCAAUUUUGCAAUUCUCUCCAUCGUUCGUUGCCUUCACCGUUAGUUUGUUCCGUCAAGUCAACGUUCUCCAUUCGCCGUUGACCCGUUCCGUUUGCCGUUAACCGUCGUCGUGUGUUAUGUGUGUUCCGUUAAUAUUCCCCAGGUAUGUGUUGUUCGUCGUGUCAGGUUUCGUACAAUGAGGAGAAGAAGAUUACUUAGUUUAACCGUUACGUUCAACUUUGGAAUAUUUUGGGGACUUUUGUGGACUAUGGCAAAAAAAAUGAAAUUGGACUAAAGAGAAGAAUCAAAUAUUUGAAAGAUUUUGAUUCGUGAAAAAAUUAAUUUUGGAGCUAAAGAAUGUGAAAGAUUCAAAGGAAUCAGAUUUUUCCUAAA